AUGCAAAAUGCGAGCAUUACCAUACCAGAUGCUACGGAACCGGAACCAACUGGCGGUCACAUUAAGCUUGGCUGGAUUGUUGGAGUACUCAUACCAUGUCUACUCAACAUUUGGGGCGUCAUGCUGUUCCUGCGACUCAGUUGGGUCGUCGCCGAGUCCGGCAUCAUGUGGUCGUUAAUUAUAAUCGCCAUCUCGGCGGUGGUCUGUGUUAUAACGACCCUGUCGCUGUCGGCCAUUAGCACGAAUGGUGAGGUGAAGGGAGGCGGCGUCUACUUCAUCAUUUCCCGCUCACUUGGCCCGGAAUUUGGCGCCUCCGUUGGCGUUGUUUUUGCCUUUGCCAACGCCGUGUCAGCCUCAAUGAAUACAAUUGGUUUCUGCGAGUCCCUGAAUGUACUUCUAAAGAACAACGAUUUGAAAAUCAUUGAUAAUGAUAUUCAUGAUAUUCGCAUUGUGGGCACCGUGACGCUCCUGGUCUUGAUCCUCAUCUGUUGCGUGGGCAUGGAGUGGGAGACAAAGGCUCAGAAUUUCCUCAUUGUUACCAUUGUGCUGGCCAUAUUCAAUUUUCUGAUUGGCGCUGCGAUCGGACCACGCGGUGAUGAGACACUUAUAUCCAAGGGCUUUGCUGGCUUCUCCUGGGCCACAUUCAAGGAGAACUUUGUCUCGGAUUAUCGGUAUGCCGAGGGCGUCAAUCAUGACUUCUUCAGCGUGUUUGCCAUCUUCUUUCCCAGUGUGACUGGCAUCCAGGCGGGUGCGAACAUUUGUGGAGAUCUUAAGGAUGCGGGUGCUGCCAUACCGAAGGGUACCUUUUGGUCCCUUCUCAUCUCGAUGUCAUCGUAUGCAUUGUUCGUCCUGUUCGCUGGCGGUGCUGCCGUCCGUGAUGCCUCCGGAAUUCCCGGGGAUCUUAUCAAUGGCACCAUUGUGCCCUCGGAGCUGCCCUGCAUGCAAGCCGGCAACUGCUCUUGGGGUCUGUUCAACUCCUACGAGAUGAUGCAAGUGAUGUCACUCUGGGGACCACUCAUCUAUGCCGGUUGCUUUGCGGCCACGUUGAGCACGGCACUAACGAAUCUCUUGAGCGUGCCACGUCUGGUGCAAGCUCUGGGCAUCGAUCAGAUCUAUCCGGGAUUGAUCUUCUUCUCCAAGCCAUACGGCAAACAUGGCGAACCGUAUCGCGGCUAUGUGUUGACCUUUUUCAUCUCCACCGGUUUCCUGCUCAUUGGCGAACUCAAUUUGAUCGCUCCCCUCAUCUCCACCUUCUAUCUGGCCUCCUAUGCCCUCAUCAACUUCUGCACCUUCCAUGCGGCCUUCGUCAAACCCCUCGGCUGGCGACCCACCUUUAAGUACUACAAUGCCUGGAUAAGUUUGUUUGGAUUUGCAUGUGUGGUCAUCAUGUUCCUCAUCAACUAUGUGGCUGCUAUCAUCACCUUUGGCAUCAUCUUUGCCCUUUACCUGGUGGUCAUGUAUCGCAAACCGGAUGCCAACUGGGGAUCCACAACGCAGGCCCAGCAAUACAAGGCUGCCCUCAUGGCGGUGCAUCGGCUGCAGAAUGUCUCGGAUCAUGUCAAAAACUAUCAUCCCCAAGUGCUGGUUCUUUCCGGAGAUCCCAAGACACGUCCGCCUCUAAUCGACUUUGGUUAUCUGCUGACCAAGAGCAACUCCCUCAUGUUUGUGGGCAAUAUAAUACCGGUGCGCGUUGGUUAUAAGAAUCGACAGAAUCUGAUCAAGGAUGGCCAGAAAUACUUGGAUGCACGCAAGAUAAAGGCUUUCUACAAUGUUAUCGAUGGCUUCAGCAUUGAGGAUGGCAUUAAUGCCAUGAUCAAGUCAACAGGAUUUGGAAAAAUGUCUCCAAACAUUGUGUUGGUGGGCUACAAGCCCGACUGGAAUCGCUGCCGCAAAGAGGAGGUGGAAAGUUACUUUGCGAUAUUGCACAACGCCUUCUCGCAGCGCAUGGGCGUCGCCUUGCUUCGUCUUCCCAAUGGUUUGGACUUCUCGGAGCUGAGUCCCGAGGUGAUCAUUCCGCCCAGCAGUUUGAGUCACUUGAAUACAGCGAAUGCCCAAGGAUUUACCAACGAACUGAUGCCUGCAGCAAAUGCUGCCUCGGAGCUGCUGCACAUUGAUUCGAAUUUGAAUUUGGCCAGCAUGGACAGUCCCAGUCCCAAUUCGUCCUACACGAUGCCACAGCCAGCGCCGAUGCCCAACAUGCAGCGCAAUUCUCGCAGCUAUAAGGUGAACAAUAGUGAUGCCGCUGCCAUCACCUAUCACACCAAAGGUGGCUCCGAGGUGCCACAGAAUGUCCUGGACGCAGUGACGAUAUUCACACGCAAACAGCCCAAGGGCACCAUCGAUGUCUUCUGGCUGUACGAUGACGGAGGUCUCACAAUUUUAUUGCCGUACAUCAUCUCGAUGAGGUCACACUGGCAGAACUGCAGGCUGCGUGUGUUUACCAUGUGCCAUGGCAAGGAUGAGGAGCAGGAGGAGAAGAGCAUGGCCAGUCUGCUGACCAAAUUCCGCAUUAAAUUCUCAGAGCUUAUUAUGCUCAAGGGCGUCUCGGAUCAGCCACGACAUGACACAAUGCUGAAGCACAAGCGUCUCAUCGAACCCUUCCGCCGCAGUUCCCGCAACGAGUUUGGCAUCACCGACGAGGAGCUGCACAGCAUGGCGGAGAAGACGCAACGACAGCUGCGCAUCCAUGAGUUGGUGGUGAAGCAUUCAUCGAACGCCUCGCUGGUGGUCAUGUCGCUACCAAUGCCACGCAAGGAGGCGAUUUCGGCGCCUUUAUACAUGUCCUGGUUGGAAAUGCUGACGUCAGAUAUCAAAUGUCCUGUGGCAUUGGCACGUGGCAAUCAAACGCCGGUGCUAACACUCUACUCUUAGACUAAGCCAACGUCGUUUCCAGUUCGAGUACAAUUUAGUAUUAUUAGCGUUUAGGCGUUCAAGUUCCGUGUAGCCACCUACUAAAUACUUAUAUACUUAUGUACUUUUUUAUUAAAAAAC